AUGCGGCUGGUGUCCUCCAUCCGUGCCGCUCUGUGCCUUUUGCUCGUCGUCGUCCUCGCCAGCGACCGCGAGCCCGCGGCGGCCGUCACGCUGUCGACGUCGUCGCGGUGGAUCGUGGACCCGGCGGGGCACCGGGUGAAGCUGGCCUGCGUGAACUGGCCGUCGCACCUGGAGCCCGUGGUGACCGAGGGGCUCGGCAGGCAGCCCGUAGGCGCCAUCUCCGGGAUGAUCGUCUCCUUGGGGUUCAACUGCGUCCGCCUCACGUACCCGAUCGCGCUGGCGACCAACGCCUCGCUGUCGGCGCUCACCGUGCGGCAGUCCCUCCUGGCCCACGGCCUCUCGGAGACGGUCGGCGGCGUCGAGGCUGUGGUGAACGCCCUGGGGGAGAAGAACGUCAUGGUGAUCCUGGACAACCACGUGAGCACGCCGGGGUGGUGCUGCAGCAACGACGACGGCAAUGGGUUCUUCGGCGACAGGGACUUCGACCCAAACGUGUGGGUGGACGGGCUGGGCAGCAUGGCCACCAUCUUCGCCGACGUGCCCAACGUCGUCGGCAUCAGCCUGCGGAACGAGCUCCGUGGCCCGAGGCAGAACCCCGAAGAUUGGUACACGUACAUGCAGAGGGGCGCGGAGGCGGUUCACGCGGCGAACCCUCGGGCGCUGGUGAUCAUGGGCGGCCUGAGCUACGACUACGACCUGUCCUUCCUGGCCGCGAGGCAGGUGGGCGUCAGCUUCGCGGCGGAGAACAAGCUGGUGUUCGAGGUGCACUGGUACAGCUUCUCGGACGCGCGCGCGUGGGAGGCGGAGGGCGCCAACGAGGUGUGCGGCCGCGCCGCGCGUGACUUCACGCGCCGCGGCGCGUUCCUGCUCGCCCGGGGCUUCCCGCUCUUCCUCAGCGAGUUCGGCGCCGACUCCCGCGGCGGCGACCGCAAGGACAACCGGUACUUCCCGUGCGCCGCCGCCGUGGCCGCGGAGCACGACGUGGACUGGGCGUACUGGGCGCUGCAGGGCAGCUACGCCCUGCGGCAGGGCGUCGCCGGGAUGGACGAGGUGUACGGCGUCCUCGACUGGUCCUGGAGCAAGCCCCGCAACGCGACCGUGCUCCCGAGGAUCCAGGCGUUGCAGCGGCCACUCCAAGGGCCUGGCUACCGCGAGGCGCUGCCGUACACCGUGCUGUUCCACCCGCUCACGGGGCUCUGCGCGGUGCGGCACGCGGCCACGGCGACGACGACGCUGGAGCUGGGCCCGUGCAACGAGACGGACGCGUGGGCGUACGCGCCGCCGUCGUCGACGCUCGUUCUAAGGGACGCCGCGGCAGCGGGGCUCCCGUGCCUGCGGGCCGAGGGGCGUGGGCAGCCCGCGCGUCUCAGCACCAACGCCUGCGGCGACCCCCUGUCAACGUGGCGCCUGGCGACAGACUCCGCGAUGCACGUCGCCGUCGACGCCGCUGCUCUUGGGCUGGGCGGCGGCGGCAUGCUGUGCCUGGACGUGGGCACGGACAGCAGGAGCAUCGUGACGAACCCGUGCGCGUGCCAGCACCGGGACGGGACGUGCGACCCGGAGGGCCAGUGGUUCAAACUGGUCACAAGCACAAGGCGCGUCGCGCGCAGGCCGGCCACGCUCGCCUAG